AUGUCCUCGAGUUGGACUUCGAAUUUGUUCAGUUUUGUGACUGGCAGUGUAAGUUGUUUUCUAUGGAUUCUUGUUUUGAAUUUACGUGAACUUCUUGUUAUUUAUAAAUAAAUUUUAGCGGAAACGGCGAGCACAGCCUGAUAAUGAAGAGGAGCAUGUUAUUGAACCAGCUAUCUCAAAGAAGGCGAGAGCUGAUCCCAAGCUGAAUGAGUCUGUAAGUAGUUUUACAUUUGUUUCUUCGAUAUUUUAGGUAUUUCCUGCUUGGAGCGUGACCGUAUUUAGGUAUUGUUUUUGUGAAAUAUAGAUUUAUAAUUCAUGUUUUCAGUUGCCAGCAUCAGUAUCCUCCUUCACUUAUCGACUACCCACAAAAAACACAACUUUGAACGAAUCUAUAUUGAGCACCACACUCAAUGACACUUUCACUUCAAAACCACCGGUGUUGGACUUGAGGCAUAAGAUCAAAGCCCCAUCUAGGACAAAGGCGAUUUUAGCUGAACUCACUAAAUUCAGCUCAAGUCCAGUAAGUUUUCUCUAUUUUUGUCGUUGUUUUAGGGUUUAAAAAACAAAUAUUAUUUGAAAAGCUCAAAUCUUUUUGCAUAUUAUUUUUAAAUUUUAUGGAAGGUUUAUUUUUUCAUGUUUUAGUAGUUUUGGCUAAACUAACAAUUUUAAAAAAUGAGUGUUAAUUUCAGAAUUCGUCAAAAAACAAUCUUCAUCUAUUCGAAGUCAAUAAGUGGACGGAUUCAGCCGAUAGAAAUCCAACAAGCUUGCCUCCACGAAGGUCGACAUUUACCCCUUCGAGAAUAAAUCAGAUUUCUGCUAGUAUGCAUCGAACUUUGAAGGCUAACAGAAGUUCGUGGAACGCAUCGAUACUCAAUGAUACUAGUGCUAACGGGUCAAAGCUAUCAUCAAUGUGGAAAAAGGACACAACUUCGAGCGAGUCUAACAACAUAUCUCAGGAGAGCGACAUUUCGGUUCCUAAUAAAACCGCUAAACCCGUAGAAGUACCAGCGACCAAAGUCUUAGAUGGACCUGUUACAAAUAAGUUUGGAUUCACUGAUUUGGAUGAAGAAAGUAAGUUGUUUUUGAAUAUUUUAGGAUCUUUUUAAUUAACAAAUUUGAAAGAAUUAUUUUAUUUUGAUUUUAGAAGAGGAAGAAGAUGUCUUGUUUACUUUCGAAGAACCAGUGAUAGAUAGGGAACCAAGAAGGGAAAAGUCUGAAAGUCCGUCUCCAACAGAAUCAUCCUCAAAAUCAGAUGGAAAGAAGAAUCUCUCUGAUUCUGAAUCCUCCUCUACUUCUGCUGAGAACGAAGAUUUGGAAAUAGUGGAAACCAAGAAGGCAGAGCCCACUCCUACUUUAAGCGAAGUGCUUUCUAAAGCUCCUAAAGGUUAGUUUUAUACUUUGAAGGUUUUUAAAUAAGUAUGAGAGUAAUGUAGAUACAAAUUUUUAAAAUAUUACUUUCAGUGUUCGAAUCAGAGCCAAAGGUUGACAAAUGGUCCUGCAAGAAUUGUUUGAACAAAAACGAUGCCGGCGAUGAGGUUUGCAAGGGAUGUCAAUAUGGUAAAGAUGGCAAGAAACCAGAACCAAAGACUGUUGGACUUGUCGCAAAAAUACCGGAUCCUCAACCAGUCAGCCUAUCUCCAAUAACGGCAGGAAAGUUGGGUAAUCAAUGGGAAUGCCCUGACUGCAUGAUCAGAAACAGCCCAGAUCUAUCAGAAUGUGCUUGUUGUCAGACUGCAAAGCCUGGUGGGGCUUCAUCAACUGCUGCUCCACCUAAACCAGCUGCUCCAGCUUUUAAACCAAUGACAUUCAGUGCAGACAAUGCUUCUUUGGGAGGUAAGAAUUUAACAUUUUUAGAGUAUACGUAAUUAUAAUUCUUCUAUUACCGUUUUUAAAUUUAUAUUUACAGGUUUGUUUGGUGCUAAAAAUGGAUCAACUUCAACAGGAAUCUCUUUUGGAGUACCUGCUGCUAAGCCAGCUGAAUCUGCUUCAACAACAGCUCCAGCUACAACCACGACGGCCGCUUUAGUCUCUUUUGCUGCACCUGUCUCAUCGACUCCGUUGUUUGGAGCUUCAGUAGCGUCAACUGCGCCCUCAACGCUGAACUUUGGUAUUACAAAAGAUUCAAAUGCACCCUUAUUUGGAGCUAAAAACGGAUCAAGCUCAACUGGUAUUUCGCUAGGUUUCCCGGCUUCAAAGGACUCGCCAGCUGUAUCUGCACCUGCUCCCACGCCCUUGUUCGGAUCACAAACAGAUACGACAACAGCUCCCGCACUCGGCUUGAAUGGAACUAAAGAUACCACGACCCCAGCCUUCCCGGUGUUUGGCGCCAAAAAUGGCACCAGUACUUCUAUUACCUUUGGGGGACUUUCUACUGAUUCUGUUCCAAAACCAUCCAACAGCUUGCCGGGUACCACCACUGAACCAGCUAAAACUGCUGUUGCCACUUCAGUGUUUGGGUCAGCUCCGAAGUCAUCAACUUCUGGGUUUGAUUUUGGGUCGUCGUCGUUGAGCAACACUGGAUUCAACUUCAAUGGCUCUUCAAAGCCAAACGCUUCUUCGGCCGCACCACCGUUUGCAUUCGGUUCAGCACCAACAGCUUCUACUAGUUCUUCUAAUGGUACCGGAUCACGUGAGUUUUCAAUCUUUUUAGUUGAUCAACUUGUUUUUAUGUUAUUUUAGUUUUUUAGAGCCAACAGAAUUGCGUGUCAUAUUAUUACCAGGUGCUAAGAAAUUGUGUAAAGUAUGGGAAUUAAUAGUUCUUUUCAGUAUUCCAAUUUGGAUCGAACUCCGCUGCAGCACCAGCUUCGACGACAGCGAAUUUGUUUGCUGCUCCAACGUAAGUUGUUUAUAGUUUAUUAAUCUUACGUUUAUAGUAUAAGAAACUGGAUUUCACAAUGAUUAUUUUAGGCCGCCAACAAAUCUUUUCUCUACUCCAGCUCCGGCGGCAAAUCCGUUCUCAGCUGCGUAAGUAGUUUGUCAUAUAUAAACAAACAAGCGUUAUUAUAUUAAGGUUGUUUUAUUAUUAUAAUUGAAUAGUAGUAAAUGAUAUGUUAUUUGUUUUCAGACCUACAGCAAAUCCAUUCGCCGCUCCAGCCUCAUCAUCCAGCAUGGGAGCCGGCCGAAAAAUUUUGUCAGCACGAAGGAAAAUGGGGCGAUAG